UUCUACGCCCUUUGACACCAUAACGCGUCAAACUCACCCCAACCUACUCCGUACUCCAAUUCUCAUCAGCUACCAGUCGUUACAACACAGAGAGAUGAGGAUAUGCGUUUCCACGAUCCGCAUCACCCAGGACUUAAGCCGGUCUGCUGGCCAUCAACGCUGACAUGGACGCCUUCGUGACGAGGAAGAAACGCAAGUCCAGCCCAGAAUCAGCGACACACGGUGCUACUGCUACAUGUGCAGAUGAUGCCUCUGAAGAGUCAACAGAUGUAAAACUGGCCAUACUGUCGUCUCUACAUCCACGUAUUGGUCAAGAAACGCUUCUUGACAUUUUACUAGCUCACGAUGGCAAUGUCGAGGCGACAACACGGGCGCUCAAAGCACCCCGGCUGCUCAAGAAACCUGGUGCCAGCACUGCCGUACCUGCUCAGACUUCAUUGCGGUCUUUCGCCAUCAGCUCUAACACAGCGGUUGCGUCUCUCUCGCCCAAAAAGGCGAAGCUCCUCUCUCGAAAAGGAACGACGUUGCAUCUAUACGACCCCAGAGACGUCAGCGACCACACACCUUGUACCAUCAUACAUAACUUCUUGCCCGCAGAGGAAGCAAAUGCCCUGUUACUUGAGUUGCUGGAGGAAUCAAAGUCGUUCGAGAAGAUUACAUUUAAACUGUUUGACAAUGUUGUCUCGAGCCCGCACACCUCGGGCUUCUACGUUGGCAGCUACAAGGAGCUGCAGGAGCAGAAGCAUGAGUAUGUGUACAAUGGCUCGAGAAUGACGGACGUAAGGACUUUGACACCGCAGUUGGAGAGAGUCAGGACCCGUGUUCAGGAGGCGGUCAACCGGGAAAUUGAGGCGCGCAUCCGCACUCGCUACGGCGGGAGGAAACUCAAAUACCAGUCGCCUGGCCCAUGGUCCCCUAAUGCAGCCUUUGUGAAUUGCUACAACGGGCCGCAAGAAAGCGUCGGCUGGCACAGCGACCAACUAACGUACCUCGGCCCCCGCCCAGUAAUCGGCUCGCUCUCGCUCGGCGUGGCGCGUGAGUUCCGGGUGCGGCGGAUCCUCCCAACUUCAACCGGGGACGACGGUCCCGACGUCGAUGACAAUAACAAGGACAGCAACGACACCAACCCUGACGCGGCGGGGCAAAUCGCCAUCCACCUUCCGCACAACUCCCUCCUGGUGAUGCACGCCGACAUGCAAGAGGAGUGGAAGCACUGCGUGAGCCCCGCCCAGGCCAUCGAACCCCACCCGCUGGCUGGCAACCGGCGCAUCAACAUCACCUACCGCUACUAUCGUGCCGGCUUCCACCCGCGCAACACGCCGCGCUGUCCGUGCGGCGUCCCCGCCGUGCUGCGCGUCGUGACCAAGAAGCGCGAGAACUGGGGGCGCUACUUUUGGAUGUGCCACGCGGGCAACGUCCCCGGCAAAGAGGCUUGCGCCUUCUUUCGGUGGGCUGAGUUUGACGAUGAUGGAAAUCCUGUUCCCCAAAAUCAAGGGGGAACACCAGCAGCAGCAAGAUAA